AUGGGAAGCCUAAAUAUUGCGGAGUGGUCUCCAGACCAGGUGGCAGAGUGGCUGUCUGGUUUGGGGCCGACGGUGGCGAGCUACGCGCCAGCACUGAGGCAACGCGGCCUCAAUGGCUCGAAAUUACUUACGCUUCGUUGUGAUGAUCUUGAGUACCUCGGUAUUCACAUAAUUGGUCACCAGGAACUGCUUCUCGAAGCAGUGGAACAUUUACGAAACUUUGUGUACGAGGUGUCGCGCGAGUGCGUGCAGCAGCUGGCGCUGCGCGUGUCGAGCGCCGCCACGUGCGUGGCGCGCGCGCUGCGCCACCACAGCGACGCACGCCUCGAGACGCACUCGCUGGCCGACGUGGCGCGUGCCGUGCACGCCGUCAAGCCGCUCGUGUGCUGGCUGGACAGGUGGGCGGGCCCCGGCGCGCCGCUGGCCGAGCGCAGGGCGGCGCUGCUCAAGCUGGCGCUGGAGGCGGCCACGUGCGCGCAGCGCGACCGCUUCGCCGAGCAGCCGGCGCGGGCCGUGGCAGCCGCCGCCGCCGCCGCCGCGCAGCUGGCCGACUACAUCAUACAGGACGUGUCGGACCCCACCAUCCUGCAGCCGGCGUGCGUGGAGGCGGUGACGCUGCGCCAGGGCGCGCGGCCGCUGGGCUUCGAGGUGCUGCCCUCCCUCUGCGGCCACCACCAGCUGGCGCACGUGCGCUUCGGCUCGCCGGCCCACGCCUCGGGCGCGGUGCACGACGGCGACGAGAUCGUGCAGGUGGGCGGGCGCUGCGUGAUCGGGUGGGGCGGCGAGGCGGUGGAGCGGCUGUGCGCGCGCACGGCGGCCGAGGCGGGCGGCGGCGAGCUGGCGCUGCGGCUGCGGCGGCGCGGCGGCGGCGGCGGGCCCGCGCGCGCCCCGCCCCUGCUGGCGCCGCGCCGCCCGCGCGCCCCCGCGCCGCCCCGCCCCCGCCCCCGCCCCCACCGCCGCCCCUCGCCGCCGCCCGCCCCCGCCCCGGCCCCGGCGCCGCCCCCGCCCCUCGCCGCCGACGAGCCGCACGCCUCCUCCUCCGAGGACAGCGAGCCGCUCUCGCCGCCCGCCUCGCCCACGCAGCUGCACCUCGACAGCGCCAGGACGUGCCCGGUGCGGCGGCGGCGCCACAGCGUCAGCGGCGCCAGCCCGCCCGCCGCGCGCCGCUCGCCGCUGCUGCAGUUCUGGCAGGAGCUGCAGCAGCAGCGCUGGGUGCGGGGGCGGGAGCCGCAGCCGGAGGACGGCGCCCUCUACCGCAGGGACAAGGCGGUGUCGUGCAGCACGGGGCUGCAGCUGUCGGCGCGGGGGCGCACGGCGCGCGGCCGCCUCGACAAGAGCCUCUCCACGCCCGCCUAUGGGCCCGAGCCCCCGCCCGCCCCUGCCCCCGCCGCCGCCCCCGCCCCGCCCAUCCCCGAGUCGCCGCCGCCCGCCCCCGACGAGGGGCGGGCGGGGCGCGCGCCCUCGCCGCCGCCGCGGGAGCCGCGCAUGACGGGAGGGCCCGUGUCUUCGCCGGAGUCGAACGCCCCCUCCGCGCCCUCCGCCCCCUGCGCCCCCUGCGCCCCCUGCGCCCCCUGCGCCCCCUGCGCCCCCUGCGCCCCCUCCGCCCCGUCCGCCCCGUCCGCACCCCUCCGCGCCCCACGGGACUCGCAGGGGUCGCUGGUGCGGCCCAUCGCGAAGCACGAGAUCCGGCUGGUGUCGAACGAGCGGCGCGCGCUGCCGCCCAUCAACGGCGAGGCGGAGGCGCCGCAGUCGCCGCCCACGCCCACGUCCACGCCCACGCCCACGCCCACUGCCACGCCGCAGCCCACCGCCGGCCGCGCCGGCCUCUUCCCCUCCGCCAAGACGCGCAGCCUCAAGAAGAAGAAUUCCAUCCUGGCCAAGCGGCGCGAGGUGGGCGCGCGCGCGGUGGUGGCGCGGGGCGCGGGCGCGGCGGGCGGAGUGUGGCAGCGCGUCAGGGCGCGCCACGCGCAGCAGCCGCGCUGGGCGCGCCGCCACCUGCUGCUGGCGCACAACCUGCUCUACGCGUACCGCUCGCCCGACUGCGCGCGCGCCGACUGCAUGAUCUACCUGGAGGGCUUCACGGCCAGCGCGGCGGCGGAGGUGAAGUCGCGCGCUCACGCCUUCAAAGUGUACCACACCGGCACCGCCUUCUACUUCGCGUGCGACUCGCGCGACGCCAUGCUGGCCUGGGUGCAGCUCAUCCACCGCGCCACGCUGCUGCCCUCGCUGCUGCCGCCGCCCAGCGCCAACAUGGAGUUGUAUAAGCAGUUUUCGGAAACUGACUACUCGGACACAGAGUCCGAUUCCGAGAACCUCGAGAAGCGUAGCGAGCCGAGAGAGAGGGAGAGGGAGAGGGAGAGGGAGAGGGAGAAAGAGAAGGACAAGGAGAAGGAUAAGUCCAAGUUCGGCUCUUUGAAGAAGCUCACGCACCGAAUGCAGCGGAGCGAAUCCCAAGAGAACGUCGGCCACGCGUCCACCAGCCUCGACAGGAAGUACCUGAGGUUUUUCUCCAGGAACAGGAACAAAGAGCAGGAAUCGAAACAGAGCAAGGCGAGCCCUUCCCGCGCCCCGCCGGAGCAGGCGCGCCUCGCCGCGGCGAACAAGCUGCCGAAGCCGAUCAACUACAUCCACGCGUCGAACCCGAACCUGGUGGACUUCGAGAAGAGCGACUUCGUGACGAGGCCGGCGAUACAGGUGCCGCGGCGCAAGGCGCACAAGCCGGACAGCCUGGUGGGGCUGGUGACGCUGGAGCAGUUCAUGCUGCAGCGCCAGGCGGAGGAGCGGCAACAGCGCAGCAGCGGCCGCGCGCUGCUGGGCCGCGAGCGCGAGCAGCUGCAGCGGCACCAGCUGCAGCAGCAGCACCUGCAGGCGCAGCUGCUGCAGCGCGUCGUGCCCGACGUCGUCUACGGUGAGCUGCGCCUUAAGGAGCCGCGCCGCGACAGGGACGGAUAUGAGAAGAUCGCGUACCCGGACGGACGCGGCGAGAGCUGGCGCGAUUCUCUGCGCAGAAAUGACAAGGUGCACUCAGGUGGCCGACAAGCACCCGACAGCAGUUGGGUGGCGGGCGGAGGCGGGUCGGCCACAGCGCGGGGCGGGGCGGGUGACGUGGCGGGGGCGGGAACGGUAGUGGGGGCGGGGGCGGGUGCGGCGGCGGCGAGCGGAGCGGGAGCGGGGGCGGGAGCGGGGGCGGGGGCGGGAGCGGGGGCGGGCGGCGGGCCCGGCGUGUCGCGGCUGCGGCUCAUGUUCGGCGGCGCUCGGCAGCCGAAGAGUUUUGUUGAGCAGGAGAGCGGGCGCGGCGCCUACCCGCACCUGCAGUGCCCGCCCACCUUCCAGCCCGAGAGCUACUCGGUGGCGCACGCGGCCGCGAGGCGCCCGCAGCGCCCCCCGCACGCCCCCCACGCCCCUCACGCCCCCCACGCCCCCGACGCCCCCCACGCCCCCCGAGUCCCUCUCGCCCCCGACGCCCCCCAAGCCCCCCACGCCCCCCAAGCCCCCCGCGGCCCGCGCGAC